CUUAACAAUAAGUUUGUCGGCUUGUGCUUGUUCGUGCUGCCGGUCUCGAAAAUUGGUAAUCUUCAGCGAAUCUAUUCUCAUAGUUACAUGGUGAUUGGCCAAAAAAAAUUCCCUUGAAAGUACCUUAACCUUGAGACUGAAGGCUGCGCGAGCCAGGUAAAGGAGCAAAAGUGGUAUUUACCGCACCCGCUGCACAUUUCAUCUUCACGUGUGUUAAUUGAAGGUGUUGAAAGUGAUCAGUCCACCGCGUUCUAUCACCGUCGUCGAAUCCAGGUUCGUCGGAACGGUGUAAUUCAAAUUCCGUGAUAUUGUUGCAUUCACUCGCAGAAACGGCAAAAUAAUAACAUAAUUUAUGACAAUGUCAACGCUCAAUAUACAAGACAUCAUCGGAAGGUUAAACUGCAAGUUGGUUGUUGCAGUGCCGCAGUUCAAUUUAUCCAGAACUCAAAAGAUUGUGAUCGCCUGCCUGACAAGUGGAAUGCUACUGCUAAGUGGACUAGCGCAAUUCCUAAAGCGGCGCCGGAGGCAUUCAGCAUCUUUUGCCAGAAGAUAUCACCGGGAAACCAGGCACAAAUACAUCAACGGCAAGGCUUCAAAUUUGGAUGCUGUAUCCCAAGUGUCUUGGGCAAGGAGAAGUGAGGCGAGUACUCGAAGUCAUGUGAGCGAUCGAGCUUCUCUGAUAUCUUCUGUCCCUGGAGGUCCUAGAGCCGAUGUCAACCUUACUCCGCAACAAUAUGGAGUAUUAGGGCUGGAGGCCCUCGAGCGGGCACUGUACUGUUGGGAGGAUGCCCUCACCGCCUUCAGUUCCUCCUUAAGUUGCGGAGAUGCCCUAGCCUUACCCUCGAAAGCCGACGCUGCAUUCACCCACGACGUCCAGGAGCUCCUCGACCUCGGGUAUCACAUACAGAGCACCGCCGAGCUUCUCUUCAUAGACCAGCACUCGGUGCUUUUUCGAAACGAGAGCGAAGCGGCUAGCGAGGAGAGCCGUAAGCCGUCCGUCUCAGGGACCCGCGCUUCUUCCGGCUACAGAGAAAAACACGAGGCGGCUUCAUCCCCCGAGUCUUUCGAAUCCGCCCGCGACGGGGUAGCGGAUCUUCGAGAGUUUGAAGAAUUCUCAGAGUUUUUCCCACAUUUCGAAAAACAAAAGUUAUACCUCGCAGCACUGAAACAGCACGAAGACAAAGGCAUACCCUGCAGGAGAUUGCACACGGAACUGGUAAAGUGCGGCUCCGACGUCGAAUACCUCGCCAAGGUCCAUUGUCUGCGACAGGCAUUCUCUAAACUAUUCAGCUGGCCCGCCGCUGCAUCCUGGAUGGCAGACAUGGGCCGGCAACUGAUCAGCGACCUCAUCAUCUACGCGGACAGGGAUCCCAAGGAAUAUCUCACCCACUACGAAGCGAUGCUAGAGUUUUUGCAGGACCCGAGUAAACGCGUCAUCAUGCAGGAGGAGCUUACGGGGCGGAACGUCAAGUGCAUCAACUUCUAUGAUGUCCUGAUAGACUUCAUACUCCUCGACGCGUUCGACGAGGUCGAGAAACCUCCGUCCUCGAUAAAGGCGAUACUCCAGAACCGGUGGAUUUCCGCAAGUUUCAGAGAAACGGCUAUCGGUACCGCGGUGUGGUCUGUGCUAAUGGGAAAACGUCAGAUGCUCAAGUACAACAAGGGUUUUCUCGCACAUUUCUACUCCAUUUCCGAGCAGAUAUCCCCUGUUCUUGUCUGGGGUUUUCUUGGGCCGGAGGGUAGCCUUCGCUCCACGUGCUCCUACUUCCGAGAGCAAGUUGUAGAGUUUCUCGUCGAUAUAUUCAACUUCUUCAAAGUGCGAUACACGACCGUCGACGAGCUUGCCGAGGACAUACUCAGGGAAAUGAAAGUCAAGGUCGGUAACAUAAAUCAACGGCUCUCGUUGGAAGAGUGUUAAGGCUAGUGUUCACAUGCUAUACAUAUGUAUGUAUGUAUGUAGUACACGCAAUGAAGGUGCGAAGCUGAGACUUGUUAUCCAGCGAACUUGUACCGGCCUGUCACUGUGUACGGAUAGUCAAAUGCGAGUAGAAGUCUAAAGGAUAUAACCAACGUUUCCAUUGGAACCUUCGUUAUACUUGCAAAUGUUUAGUUCUUUUAUCCUGAUGAAACAGCGCAAUCGUUGGAUAUUUUCAUUUUACAGCAAUGAAGCUUGGUGAAAUUACGCAAUACCUUGAUUAAAGGUUCAUAGGAAAUUCAAUGAUACUAACUUUUGUAACAAAUGCCAGUGUUGUAACGUAGUACUGCCGACUAGCCUGCUGUAUGUCAUUAUCCAAAAAAUUAGCUGCCGAGUAGGGCUUAUUAGAUAGUGUAUUAAUAUUGUAAAUUUUAUGGUAACAGAAGUAAUGUGUGCAGUAUAAAUAAUUCAGAACAAAUAAUUAUGAAUAUUGUAUAAUUAAUUACGAGCCUUUGCGACAGAUAAAAACAUAAUUUUUAUGAA